CUUAAGUCAAUUAUUGCAAGCUUAUUAUCUACUAAUCAACGAACUAUGACUCCUGCUUCCCCUUCUGAACUGUGUUCGAAUGAAGAUAGGACUUCAAUCCUAGAUAAUAAGAAUGAAUCUGUUAUAGAGGAAUCUGUUAUAGAGGACACUUCCUCUCUUGAAUCCCAAGAAGAAAUUCAAAAAGCUCCUUCCCAAGAUAUUGAUUCUAAACAUCAAUAUAUUAUCUGUCAUGAAUGUGAUAACAUCAUAAAAGGCUCUUAUGUUGAAGCUGCUGGCAAGCAAUUUCAUUCGGAACACUUUCGUUGCUGUGUCUGCUCUGAUGUGAUUCCUUCCAAUAAAACAUAUAUGGAGUUUGAUAAUAAAAUUUAUUGUGAAUAUCAUUAUUUGCUUGAAGAAGCCUCUAAAUGUGUUGGCUGUGAACACCCAAUUUGUCAUCAAGUUAUUAACGUCACCAAGGAUGAUGUAAACGAGAGAUGGCAUCCUGAAUGCUAUAUGAUUAAUAAAUCAUGGAGUGUAAAACUAGGUGAAGCAUUUAAAGAUGAUGAUAUACUGGAUCUCAAUAAAAUGAAUAAGCAACAACGUUGUCAUUUCGAAAAAGUACAUCAAAGGAGAAUUUUUAAAAUUUGGACUGAUUUAUCAACUUUUGAAAAAAAUAUUACUAAUGCCAUUACAGAUAUGCUAUUAGGCUUUUCAGUAGGUGAUUAUACUAAAGGCACGCGAAUGGCAAACUUUUUUGUAUCCCACUUGUCGGCUUUAUUUACUGCUACGAAAGUACUUGCUCGACGCUAUAUUGAAGAAUAUAGAGAACCUUUGCCUCUUGACAGAGAAUCAACUCUGCUUUGCAAGAAGCUUCAUAACCUUUUCACUCAUAUCUUGGAUUCUCAAAGAAGAAGAGGCUAUCAGAGCAUUGAAAUGACUGAUGACAUUUACACUUCCGUUACUGAAACUCUCCUCUUUACAAAGAUCAUCAUUCAUAUUGGACUCAAAGGCUCAGUUCGAUUAGCUAAAAGAGAUGGUCGCAAUGGAAAAUUCCUCAAUGAUUUCUUGAAUGAAGCUUGGUUUGUUUUUAGACAUGUAGAACCCAUUGAAGAAUGCCAUCCGGAUGCUAUUCCUAAUAUUCGGUGUAGAGAAUGCCAUCAGACUUGUGUAGGAGAAUGCUUUAAAUAUAAAGAUCUCUACUGGCAUUUUCAAUGUCUUCGUUGCCAUGAAUGUGAUAAGAUGCUCCAUACUUACCCUUUAGAUAACAUCUACAACGCAGAUAUCGGUUUAACUCUAUGUUUUCACUGCAAUAGAACGACAAUUGGUCAUCGUUAUUACCAUAUUGAAGUUGAUAUUAAAUACAAGACUAAAUUUGAACAUUGUGCCUAUAUAGUGAAGAAUGCUUUACAAACAUUUAAUCUUUAUUUAAAAUAUUUUCCUGUUGUAAGCUCUCCCAUAAUAAGAACUGAAAAUAGACAACAAAGUAUGUCUUCUCAAGAUAUACUAAUGGACUCUCCUAACAUAAAUUCUGAAGAUGAGCGACAAAGUAUGUAUUCUCAAGAUGUAUCAAUAGACUCUCCUAAAAUAAAUUCUGAAGAUGAGCGACAAAGUAUCUAUUCACAAGAUGUACUAAUGGACUCUCCUAAAAUAAGAACUGAAGAUAAACUACAAAGUAUUUGUUCUCAAAAAAUACGAAUAGACCCUUCUAAAAUAAGAACUGAAAAUAAGCGACAAAAUGUCUGUUCUCAAAAAGCACUCAUCGACUCUCCCAAUAGAAGAACUGAAAAUAAGCAACAAAAUCUGUGUACUCAAAGAGUACUAAUCAAGCGGAAACCAGUACCUUCUCUUGAUUGUCAAAUAGUAGUAUAAUGUAAGAAAUUGAACUUUAAUUCUAGGGCUAUUAUAUUUUAAAUAUUUUUAUAAUAAUUAUUAAAACGGCAAAAAAAUAAAAAAGGACAAAAAAGACAAAAAAAGGACAAAAAAGACAAAAAAAAAGGACAAAAAAGACAAAA